GAACCUCAAAUGCUUUUUUACUGAUUUUAGACGCUUUCUUUCUCUCUAAUUUCCCCUUCUCCUUCAGUCUCUCUAUCUCUUUUUUCGGUCUUCGGUUUUCUUCUCCGAUAUUUUCGCGGACCCGAAAUUCACGACCCGAACCCGAGUCUCUACUCCAAAAACCCCCAAAUGGAUGGGGCUCAGGCUGCAGGCUCCGGCAGCAGCGGCGGUCCGGCGCCGUUCCUUUUGAAGACCUACGACAUGGUCGACGACUCGUCAACGGACGAGAUCGUAUCCUGGAGCUCCGUCAAGACCAGCUUCGUCGUUUGGAAUCCACCUGAGUUCGCUCGCCUUCUUCUUCCAACAUUUUUCAAGCACAACAACUUCUCUAGCUUCAUUCGCCAGCUCAAUACCUACGGAUUUCGAAAGAUUGAUCCUGAGAGAUGGGAAUUUGCUAAUGAAGAUUUUAUAAAAGAUCAAAAGCACCUUCUUAAGAAUAUCCAUCGGAGAAAACCUAUUCAUAGCCACAGUCAUCCACCAGGUACUCUUGUUGAUCCUGAAAGAGCAGCUCUUGAUGAUGAAAUAGAGAAGCUUUCACGUGAAAAAGCUGCUCUUGAGUCUAAUGUUUCAAGUUUUCAACAGCAGCGUUCUGCUGCAAAACUUCAGCUGGGAGACAUGCUGCAGCGGGUCAGUGAAAUGGAGAGAAGGCAGGAAUCUUUGCUAAAUUUCUUAGAAAAGGCAGUUCAGAACCCCAUAUUUGUUGAACGUCUUGCUCGAAAAAUUGAAGCCAUGGAUUUUACAGCAUAUAAUAAGAAAAGGCGAUUACCUGAAGUUGAUCAUCCGCAGCCAGUUUUAGAGAAUAAUUUUGUGGACAACCAUAUUAGUUCCAGAGCUGAGUUUGGAAAUAUUUUCCACCAAGACUUUUCUAGUAAGCUGAGAUUAGAAUUGUCACCAGCUGUUUCGGACAUUAACUUGGUUUCACAUAGCACCCAGAGUUCCAAUGAAGAUGGGGAAAGUCCACAUAGGAAAGUAUCUGAAGGCGAAUUUAGAGGUGCACAAAGAACAGAGGGACUAUUCUUUCCAGCUGAAGCGUUAGAGCUUUCAGAUACAGGAACGUCUUUUGCAUUUAAAAUGGAUUCAUCUUUGUCGCGAAAAUCAUCAACCAAUGGAAGGCCUGGACUGCAGUUGUCGCAGCCAAAUUUGCCUGCUAAUGAAGAAGGAGAGGGUCGCAUUUCCUGCCACUUAAAUCUAACUCUGGCUUCUACUCCAUUGCAAUUCAACAACAGUCCUUACUCAGCUAGAAUGCCCCAACAAGGACAUGAAACAAGCGAACCCCAGGAGUUGAACAAAAAUAUGCAUGAAGAGGAAAAAUUGUUGUCUUCCUCCCAAGAGGCUGCAAAAACCAAUCAAGAGCCUGUAGCUGCUCCUGUAAAAGUAAAUGAUGUGUUCUGGGAACAGUUUCUAACUGAAAGACCAGGCUGUUCGGAGAAUGAAGAAGCAAGUUCUAAUUAUAGAGCAAACUCAUACGAUGAGCAAGAUGACCGAAAGUUAGGCCAUGGAAUAUCCAGAAAUGUGAAGAAUGUGGAACAGCUUUCACUUUGAGCACAAGGAUGGGGUGAUGAAGGCUUCCUUAGUUCUUCAGCCAUUGUGUAAGAUUUACAUUUAUAAGAUAUUUUUAGUAUAUUUUAUUAUUGCAACCUAUAAAUUGGUUUGGAAAAUAAUGCCUAGAUGCCAAUUAUGCCGUAAGUUGGUUCUUACUGGUUCUGGUUCAUGGUUAACUGAGAGCCACCUGUUUUCGGAGAGUGUAUUGGCAGCGUGUCAUUUAACACGGAAACUGUACUAAUGGACAGUUAUAUGUAUCAUGUAGAUUUUAUAGUUAGAUUAUGGUCAAUUCGUCUGACACGUUUUUGUAUUUACAUCUACAUUUUUGGAAAGAUGUACUUUUACGCAUUGCAAGUUCUUCUCUUUA